UGAUUGGCUGACGCACAGCGUCGACGCUAGCGGACCAAUCAGCGUGGGCCACGGUGAGAUUUUUUCGAUCUACUUUUUCUGGGAGACGCAGCGGCAACAGUCUGUGUGUGUUGCUAACGGAGGGGACGUGCACAGAGCAGCUAAAACCAUGAGACCGUUUAUACUUGGAGUGCUGGGCUGCUCCCUGGUCCUGUCUGUCCAGGCUAUGUACUCAGCCAGUGAUGAUGUUAUUGAGCUCACCCCUUCCAACUUCAACAGGGAGGUGAUCCAGAGUGACAGUCUGUGGCUGGUUGAGUUUUACGCUCCCUGGUGUGGCCACUGUCAAAAUUUAGCACCAGACUGGAAGAAGGCAGCCACUGCCCUCAAGGGUAUUGUCAAGGUUGGCGCUGUAGAUGCAGACCAGCACAAGUCGCUGGGUGGACAGUAUGGUGUCAGAGGAUUCCCCACCAUUAAGAUCUUUGGAGCCAAUAAGAACAAGCCAGAGGAGUACCAAGGCGGACGGAGCAGCCAGGCCAUCGUGGACGGAGCCAUGAACGCUCUGCGCAGUCUGGUGAAAGAUCGGCUGAGCGGCAAAGCCGGCGGCUCCAGCUACAGCAAACAGCAGGGUGGCGGCAGCAGCAGCAGUGGCAGCAAGAAGGAUGUUGUCGAGCUCACGGAUGACAACUUUGACAAGAUGGUGCUGGAGAGUGAUGAUGUGUGGUUGGUGGAGUUUUUUGCCCCCUGGUGUGGACACUGCAAAAACCUUGAGCCUGAGUGGGCAGCUGCAGCCUCAGCUGUCAAGGAGCAGACCAAGGGCAGAGUUCGCCUUGGAGCUGUUGAUGCGACCGUACACCAGGUUCUGGCCAGCCGCUAUGGGAUCCGUGGAUUUCCCACUAUCAAGAUUUUCCGCAAAGGUGAGGAGCCCGAAGACUACCAAGGAGGCCGCUCCCGUGGCGACAUCAUUGAGAGGGCCAUGGAUCUGUUCUCUGACAACGCUCCUCCUCCUGAGCUGCUGGAGAUCCUCAGUGAAGACGUCUUGAAGAAGACCUGUGAGGACAGUCAGCUGUGUAUAAUUGCUGUCCUGCCCCACAUCCUGGACACAGGUGCAUCUGGCAGAAACAGCUACCUGGAGGUGAUGAUUAAGAUGGCUGAUAAGUACAAGAAGAAGAUGUGGGGCUGGCUGUGGACUGAAGCGGGAGCUCAGAUGGAGCUGGAGGCCUCUCUGGGUAUUGGUGGGUUCGGCUACCCCGCCAUGGCCGCCAUCAACACGCGCAAGAUGAAAUUUGCUCUGCUGAGGGGCUCUUUCAGUGAGACCGGCAUUCACGAGUUCCUCAGGGAGCUCUCUGUGGGCCGUGGCUCAACAGCCACGCUGGGAGGUGGGGUCAUGCCCAAGAUUCACGUUGUUGAACCCUGGGACGGCAAAGAUGGACAGCUUCCUGUGGAGGAGGACUACGACCUCAGCGACAUAGACCUGGAUGACGACUUCGAGAAGGACGAGUUAUGAGCCCGAACGGGGAGGGGUGGGAUCAGAUCCGAUUCAGACCGGCUUGGUCGGAUCUAGUCUGGUCUGGUCCGGUCCUGUGUGACCUGCCUCCCCUCUCCCGUGGAAGAAUGGGAGGCCUGGUCGCUCAGUUACUGAAAUACUCCAGAAAAGACACAUGAGAGACACCUGCAGUUUCUCACAUCAUCUUUGUCAGUCACGGGGACAGGAAAGGGGGGGUGGGGGGUGGGGGAGGGGGUGAGGGACGUACGUGUCGUGUCCCUGGAGUGAACUUUGCCUCACGUACCUGCUGAAGAAGAAAGCUUCAUAUUUAUAUGGCCUGCCACCAGCUGAGGAGAGGAGGGUGGGAGGUUCUGAAUGUGACAUUUCACUUAUUCAUUCAAGUCUUUUUCAGUUGUCAUCCCCUCUCCCCUCCUCAGCCAUACUCAAGCACCUAAUUUAAAAAGUGGACUUGUCAGAGUAACACUUCAAUGUCCAACCUGGUGUGUCUAAAUAUAUAUUUUUUUCUCUUUUUAAACAAAGUGAAUGAGAAUCUUGGUGGGGUUUUGCAUCAUGUCUGUCCAGGACAAGGGGAUACUGUGGGACUUCUUGUGUAGAUUUUUCUUACACGACUUUAUUUCAAUUGUGUGAAAACAAAAUGACGUUUUUGUUACAAAAAUAAAAAGGAAUAAAAACAA